AUGAGCCAGCGCAUCCAGGAGACAUCCCUGCAGAGCCCGGUGAAGGAGCCCAGCACUCGCUCCUCGGCAGGUGCCUUGGCAGCACCGGAGGUGGUGGCUGUGAAAGGGUUGAAGUUCAAGCUGGAUAUGGGCAAGAAGAGGCGUCUUCUCGAUCUCCGUGUCCAGACCACCCCUCUGGCUUCCAGCCCGGGCAGCGCAGGGCUGCCGGUGCCCCUGGUGCGGACCGAGGAAGGGAGGCUCGCAGAGCCCUCCAAGUCGGCUCUCCUGCCUCCAGCGCAGCAUCUGCGGGUCCUGCGGGCCGUCAGGCAGCCGCCUCUUCGGGAGGAGCUGGAGAAACGCCGUUCCUUAGGCUCCCUCGUCAAGAACGUGGCCUUGGAAGGGAGGCAGGCCGGCGUGCGGCCCGGGCUCAGGGCCGACCUGGGUGCGGCCCUGGCCAGCGACUCCACGAGCCGCACCCCCUCUUCUCCAUCCCGGGAUGCAGGGCGAAAGCCCACAGCCGGCUCGGCGCCCUCCCAGCCCUGGGAGCCCACCCUGACGAGGAAAUACCUCGUGGAAAGUGGGAACUGGAGCUGGACUGUGAAGGGUGCCUUCCGCUCCUCGCGACGCCCGGGCUCACAACGGUGGCAGCAGCGGCCGCGGCAACAUCUCCAGCUCCUGCUCCCGCUCUUCCCGCUCCGGCCCGCUCCGCCCCGCGCUCCCGGGCCCCGCGCCCCGACUCCGCCGCUGCGCCUGCCGGGGGCCUCGGGAGCCCCCGCCGCCCGCCUCACGCUGAAGUUCCUGGCGGUGCUGCUGGCCGCGGGCAUGCUGGCGUUCCUCGGUGCCGUCAUCUGCAUCAUCGCCAGCGUGCCCCUGGCGGCCAGCCGGGCGCGGGCGCUGCCCGGAGGCGCCGACAACGCCUCGGCCGCCUCAGGUGCUGCCGCCGCGUCCCCGGGCCCGCAGCGCAGCCUGAGCGCACUGCACGGCGCGGGCAGCUCGGCCGGGCCCCCAGCGCUGCCCGGGGCGCCUGCGGCCAGCGCGCACCCGCUGCCGCCCGUGCCCCUCUUCAGCCGCUUCCUGUGCACGCCGCUGGCCGCCGCCUGCCCGUCGGGGGGCGAGCAGGGGGACGCGGCGCUGGGCGAGCGCGAGGAACUGCUGCUCCUGCAGAGCACGGCCGACCAGCUGCGCCAGACGGCGCUGCAGCAGGAGGCGCGCAUCCGCGCGGACCAGGACACCAUCCGCGAGCUCACCGGCAAGCUGGGCCGCUGCGAGAGCGGCCUGCCGCGCGGCCUCCAGGACGCCGGGCCCCGGCGCGACACCAUGGCCGACGGGCCCUGGGAGUCGCCCGCGCUCAUCGUGGAGCUGGAGGACGCCGUGCGUGCCCUCCGGGACCGCAUCGACCGCAUCGAGCAGGAGCUCCCAGCCCGAGUGAACUUCUCAGCCGCCCCCGCCCCGGCGCCCACGGUGCCCACCGCCCUGCACUCCAAGAUGGAUGAACUGGAGGGGCAGCUGCUGGCCAAGGUGCUGGCCCUGGAGAAGGAGCGCGUGGCCCUCAGUCACAGCAACCACCGUCAGCGGCAGGAGGUGGAGAAGGAGCUGGACGCCCUGCAUGACCGCGUCGCUGAACUGGAGCACGGGUCCUCGGCCUAUAGCCCCCCUGACGCCUUCAAGAUCAGCAUCCCCAUUCGCAACAACUACAUGUACGCCCGCGUGCGGAAGGCGCUGCCCGAGCUCUACGCCUUCACCGUCUGCGUGUGGCUGCGGUCCAGGUCGGGUGGCACUGGCCAGGGGACCCCCUUCUCCUACUCGGUGCCGGGGCAGGCCAAUGAGAUUGUGCUGCUGGAGGCGGGCCACGACCCCAUGGAGCUGCUGAUCAAUGACAAGGUGGCCCAGCUGCCCCUGAGCCUGAAGGACAAUGGCUGGCACCACAUCUGCAUCGCCUGGACCACGCGGGACGGCCUGUGGUCCGCCUACCAGGACGGGGAGCUGCGGGGCUCCGGUGAGAACCUGGCUGCCUGGCACCCCAUCAAGCCUCAUGGGAUCCUUAUUCUGGGCCAAGAGCAGGAUACCCUGGGAGGCCGGUUUGAUGCCACUCAGGCCUUUGUGGGUGACAUUGCCCAGUUUAACCUGUGGGACCACGCCCUGACACCCGCCCAGGUCCUGGGCAUUGCCAACUGCACUGCGCCACUGCUGGGCAAUGUCCUACCCUGGGGAGACAAGCUGGUGGAGGCUUUUGGGGGUGCAACAAAGGCCGCCUUCGAUGUCUGCAAGGGGAGGGCCAAGGCAUGAGGGGCCACCUCCUCCAGGGCCCCUCCCUUGACUGCCAAUCUGGGGACCUUCCAGGAGGCGGGGCACCUUCCCCCUCAGCCUACCCACACACUGGCCUCCCCUCUCGCUCCACUCCUGGCCACGCCUCUCAUCUCCCAACCCCCCUAACCCACAGCUCCAGAACACCCUGCCCCUGCAAUGGCUGUCCUCUGACCCCGCCUGGAUGGGGACAGGCAGCUCAAGUCAACAGGCCAAGCCUGGGCUGAAGAGCAGUGCCCGUGGUUCUGCCCACCGUCCUGGCAUUACUCCCCAGCCAUCUCCUACCCCCGCCACGCCCCACCAACCACAUCUGAUUCUGCCAAUGCCAACAGCAUCCCCGUGGGGCUGCAUAUGAGGGAGCACCCACUAUCUCAGUGGCAGGGAGGCCAUCAACCCCCUGCCCCCCAUGCACCUUCCUCUUCGGGGCCACAGCAGGCUGCAGAGCAGUCCCUCCGGCAGAGAAGGGGAUGGCGGGGAUAUAGGAGACCCAGACGCGUCCCUCCUCCAUCUUCCCACCAGCUGACAGUCAAGGGUAGUGGGAUCUUGAUGGACCCUCCCCCCCACAGCCCCCACCCCCCCACCUCUCUCUUCCUCCUCUUUCCUCGUUUCUCUGUGUGCAGUGGGUGGAGUGCUGGUUCCCUGCCCGUCCCAACCCCACCUCAGUUUCCAGGACAUUUCCUCCCGAGCUCUGGCCUGGAGGCUUAAGGACCAGGACCCCACCCACAGCUGUGUCCACUGCUGGCAUGGUCAUUUCUCCCGCUUUGUGGCCAGGACAGAACCUGGGCCACUUCAGCCUGAGCUGGAAGCAGCAUGAGGCAGAGGCUCUGCGCCCCAGGGGACCCCCACCACCUGCCCCUCGGCAUGGCCCUGCAGCGUCUGAGGAAGGAAGGAGGAAGUGGAGUGAGCAGGGAGAAGCAUGGAGUGGCGCGCAGAGUGCUGCAUGCGAAGGAGCAGCCCUGGUCCUAGCCAGCUCUGCUGUGUGGCCUUCUCCAAGUCCCUGCCCUCUCUGGGCUAGCCUUCCCCCUUUGUGAGAAAACGUGAGAUAGCCUGUGAUUCCAGGUGGGUCGGGUGGGGCAAGCCUGAUGACUUCCCUGGUGACCAAAGGGCAGGCAUUGCAGGGGCAGGUCCUGGGACUGGGCAGCAUGUGGGAUCUGCUGAGGGUCAGAGGAGAGGGUCAGAGGAGAGGGCCAAGAGCAAGGCAGACCAACCUCAGGUGCAGAUUAUAAAAAGCAGCUCUUCUGGAUACCCCCCAGCCUGGCACUGUUGCCUGAGCAUGUCUCUACGGGCCAGUGGCUUCCCGUCCCCUCCCCUGAGUCCUCACCAGCUUCCCCAAGAGGACAGAAGAAUGUCAGAGCUGACAAAGUCACGCAGUCUGAUCCCUCCUUGUGCAGAUAGGGAAGAGCUCAGAGAGGGCAAGCCAUUUGCACAGGAUCGCCCAGCACCAUGAGCAGAGCAGGACUAGGACCCAACUCUCUGACUCCCUCUUCAAUGCCCUUCCCCGCACCGCACCCCGUACUGCCUGCCCACGAGGGUCUGAGUGUGGCCCACCCCUGGCGGGUGGGCUUUUGAGAGAUCAGAAUGCUUUCCAAAAUGACCACUGGAACAUCUUCCUUUAUGAAACACAUCUUGGCAUCCCCCACCCCCUGGGAGGCAUGAUCCCGGGCACCCUGGCAGGAAUGGAGAGCUGAGAACACAGGGGCCCCUUCGCUGGCAGCCACCGACCUGGUCUGGGCAGCUGCAAGCUCCCUGACUCAGUGGGUGCAGGUGCAUUUUGUCCCACUUUGUUCCCUGCCUCCGCGCCCCACUGCCACCUAGCCUGAGGCCUGUGUAAGAGCUGGGGCAGCUGAAGCUUUUCUGAGGCUGUGGCCUCCAGCCCCCUGGGUCCUUGCUUCCCUUUCAAGAGCACAAGCAGACCUGUCGGCACCUGGGGCCCAACUCCCCUCAGAAGGACGUAGUGGAAGGAGCCAUGGCGCCACAGCCGAGAGAUCUCAGUUGCCCUGGUAACAGCCAAUGACAUCAGCCCUCGUGCUGGGUCAAGUGUCUGGUGGUGACAUCCGCUGUUGCUGGGGUGAUGGCGGUAUUUGGAACUUAGAUUCCAGGGACGCUGGAUGCUGGGUUUUGUUGGGUCUCUCUUUUUGUUUUUAAGGAAGCAGCUGUUGUGGAGGACGUGGGGGCGAGAAAGGGUCUUAGGAUAGAGGCGGCAGGGCGUGCACGACCGCUUCAGCCCACCCAGAGAACGCCCCGCGUCCUUUAUGCUCUGUCAGGGUCUCAAUGAGACACCCGAUGCGCCCGGUCAGCCCCCCGGAGGGAACAGGAGGGAACCGGAGGUGUCGUGCGGGCUCUGAGUCUGGGCCUGGAGGCCCGUUUCUACCCCAGAAAACUGAAAGCUCCACAGGCCCCGCCCCUUCACACAUGGCCGCGGGGCUGCUGUCUGGGCUGCAGCUUCGCUCUUCGGCUGCUCCCAGGCGCAGCGGAGGAGGCGGGGGAAGAGGAUCGAGAAGUGGGGCUCGAUGGCGCCCCCCGCCGCUCCCACACGGCGCUGCCGGCGCCGUGUCUGUUCCGUCCUCUGUACGGGUCGGGUCGGGCGCUGUGCCGAGCGCCCCCCGCCGGCACCCUCUCGUGCGUCCGUCCUUCCUCCCAGGGCGGGGACUGCUCUCAGCCCCAUCACACACGCGCGGACGCGGGAGCCCGGAGAGGUUCGGUAACUUGCCCGUUGCCCAUCAGCCAGCCCAGCGCUCAAACCACACGCAGGUUACUUCGAGAGCCCACCCUCGGCCCCAGGGGACAGCCACUCCCACGCUCUGGAGUGGGGUUCGGGCGUCCUUGCUCCUGGUGGGUUUGGGCCUGAAGGGAUGUGCCUGACCCUCUUCGCCGCCCCUCGGAGUUCGAGGCGGAGGAACGGAGGCCCGGCUUGGGCCGGCCCCAGGGCCAGGGUCCCGUGGGGGAGGCUGUGGCGGGGGGGUGCUCAGUCCCUUCAGGGAGCACGUCCUUCUACAGUGGGCCCCCGUCCACUGGCGGGAGAUUCCAGCAGAGCUGCAAGGUGAACCGUCCCCCGAGAGCCCCACGCAGGGGAGGGGACGGGAGAGGAGGGGACGUUCCUCCGCCUCCAGCCUCGGGCCAGGCCCCGCCCCAGGUGCUCCACAGCUCUCACCUGCCAGAUUCCCCCGCCUCUGCCUCUGGGGCCAGCGCGCUGGGGCCCUGGCCAACCCCCCGCGGGGCCGGGUCGCCUUGCCACACUUGUGCGUGACCUCGGUCCACAGACUCGGACAGAAGGACUCUUAGAGGGGGUCGGGGCCCUCAUUUCACACGUGAGGACAGCGGGGCCCACGGAGGGUGAGCGGCCCUGGGGGCCACCCAGCCGGGGCACCGGGAGACCUGAACCCAGCUUUCUGGCACUACAUGAAGUGCUCUCUCCACAACACGGUGGCCCCCCUCUCUCCAGCACUGGUCCCCCCUUUUCCGUUUCCCUGAACCCUUGCUCUGAACAAACUGGGGAAGGGGCCCCCUCCCAGAGAUGGGAUCAUUUUCGUUACCUCCUUUGUCCCAGCUGCCAGCUACCCUGAGCCCUCCCUCCCCCAUGACCCCUGACCUCUGACCCUGCUGCGUGGAGAAGAGGCGCACGUGGGCGGGCCCAGGCUGAGCCCUGAGCGAGCAUGCUGAGCUGUCGGACACUGUGAAAUUAGUGCACCCGCCUGGUGACCCGCCCCUCCCGUCCUCCUGGCCCAGUUUUGUACAUAAAGUGACGUGAGAUGCAGUGUGUGUGCGUGUGUGUGUGAUACAUCAUGGGUUUUUGUUACUUUUAUGUUUUUGUAAAUUUU